ACAGACAACGAUGAACAAGCAACCCCCCCACAGUGAACUCCCGCUACUGUGCCUGUAUUACAGACAACCAUGAACAAGCAAUCACCCCACAGUGAACUCCCACUACUGUGUCUGUAUGACAGACAACCAUGAACAAGCAACCACCACACGGUGAACUCCCACUACUGUGCCUGUAUGACAGACAACCAUGAACAAGCAAUCACCACACAGUGAACUCCCACAACUGUGUCUGUAUGACAGACAACGAUGAACAAGCAAUCACCCCACAGUGAACUACCACUACUGUGCCUGUGUGAUAGACAACGACGAUCAGGUACAUGUAAUAGCCAUUCUUUAUGGUCUUUAUGAGAGAGAACAACGAAUAAUCCCAGCUCUGCUCUUGAAUAUGAGUGUACAAGAACAAAUACUCACACUUAAAUGUAUUUGUAACCGAUAACUACGACCAAACAACAACCACACUACAGUGUAGGUAUGGUAGACAACCAAUACAGAACAAACAUCGACUUUAAUAAUAGUUGCAACAAUGUUAAUACCUAAUGGAUAGUCAACAUAAAACAACAAAGACAUACAGAGAUUAAAAACAAGGAAUUGACAGGAUAACCAUUCGGAAAAAGAACGUCCACGGGCAAAGCAUUAUAAGGUACUGGGAAUCCAAACCUUUGUGAAUGAUGGAUGAUCUGAUGAAGGCAGAAUUCUCCAACUUGGUGAAAUUUGUAAAGCCAUCCAGUGACAAAGCAGACUCGGAGUCAUGUAAGGGACAACUCCUUGAAUCUAACUGUGAACAGCCCUUGUCUGGAAAUGAUGCAGUCCUUUUUUACAAGGACAUCAUAUCAAGUCAUUCAGGCAAGUCAAAAGACCGGAACAGUAGUGGACAGAGUGAUGACACAUCGCUAGAACAGGUCAAUCCAAAACGCCAUAAGAGGGGACAGCUGGAACUGUGCAAACAACCUAGUAAUAUGUUAGUUCAAUGCCAGAACUUAAAUGUGGGAACUUUUCUGACAAGUUCCCAGAAUGGAGACCUAGCCAGAGUCGAGGCGUGUUUGACCGCCGGUGUGGACGUAAACAGUCAGGAUCGGUUUGGGUGGACAGCACUCAUGUGUGCUGCAUGUAGUGGACAGAGGAGAGUGGUAAAACAGCUAUUGGGCAGUGGUGCCAAUACACAUCUCACUGCAUCAGGUGGCAAAACGGCUGCUUCCAUUGCUUCUGAUGCAGGUCACUGUGGGAUAAUGAAAUUGAUAUCAGAUUUUGACCUGAGUAAACGUGAGGUCAUUGAUGGAAGAACAAGGUCCUCUUCCACUGGUACAAAUGACCUAGAGGUGCAUACAUUCUACUGUGAUGUUUGUAAACAGGACAUCAAAGAAGCCUCACAAACACAUCAUCAAACAUCAACAGUACAUCUAUUUAAUAAAAAGGUGAAAGCAAAACCUCACAGUUUCUUGGAACAUUCCAGGAACAAAGGGUAUCAGAUAAUGAGGCGAACUGGAUGGGAUGGUGAGAAAGGCUUGGGGUCGGAGGGUCAGGGACAGAAAUUUCCAGUUAAGACAGUUAUUAAAAAGGACAGGGCUUGCUUAGGAUCUGACAGAUCUAAGGAGAAAGCUAAGGUUACACAUUUUGGCCCAAGAGACAUCAGUGCUGUUAAGAGAAAUGUUCAUGUGACUGAAAGGAAAAUGUCUGCCAGAACUUUAAGCAAAAGGGCUCAGAAAGCAAAGGAGAGAAAACUAAACCAAUGGGAGAAAAAGUUGAGAUUUGAGUUCAAUUUAAAUGACUAAUUCUUUCAUAUUCAAAAGGUUGGUUGCAAAUUUUCCCAUGUAAGCAGUGAUUAUUAGUGCAUGUUUGUACUUGUAUGUCUUUUUCCAAAUGUAAUCAAUAAAAGUAUGGAAUAUACUCAUU